UCUGUUGGGUCCUUCUUACUUCUUAUCAUCACAGAUAUCUCUGGCUGAAUAAAUAAUCAUAGAUGCAUGUUCAAGUUACUGCAGAGAUAAUCCGAGAAAACCAGCAAGAAGUAACGUGUGAAAGUGGUUUGCUGUGGUGAUGCCACCACAAAAGCCAGGCACCAACACAUAUCGUACAGCAGCUACAAACACAAAAAGUUCCGAUCAACUUCAGCUGAUCUGAUCAAGCAUUCUCCUCGUCGCCUUCAUUACAACAAUAGCAUCAUGCUGGCAACACCUCUCCAGCCCAUGGCUCCUUCACUCGAGCAGGCGCAAUUGCGCUGCGCUGCCCAACCACGAGAGUCAACGAGCGCUUCCGGUUCCAUGACAUCGGUGGGCUAUACUGGCCGCAGCUUGGAGGCUUCUUCGACCCGCACAGCAGCGACAGUGGAGGCAUCCAAUGAGAGACCAUCGCUCUCUCCAACCACAACAGAGAACAAAGCUAGCACCAGAAGUGGUCGGAGUAAGACAAAGUCGUCGUCACGAAGUGGACAACGGAAACACCGCGGUGAUCCCAAGUCAAGAUCAAGACAUGGUGGGAUCAAGAAACAGCACAGCUCAUCCCGCAGCCUCAGUCCCAAACCAGGAACCCAGAGUUCCUCCAAUAACAAUCACUCAUCACUGUCCAGUUUGUUCGACUGGAAUAACUCAUCCCUCAGCAGUCAGAACCCAACAUCAUGCUCACAGUCCGUUUCCACAGAGCGCCUCGGGUUGGGUUCCAGCUGUAGCAGCCAGAGUCAAAGCCUGAGGUCUGUCUCAUCCGAGCAUCAUCGACAGCCAGCCUUGUCAAAGGUCAGGCACAGCUCAUCUCGCUGUCUUAGCCCCAAACCAAAGAGGCAGCCGUCUUCCAAGAAGUCUUUGUCCUCGUUGCUAGACUCCAACCCACGGAUCCCUGACAAACCUUCAUGUUCACGGUCUGUUGCAACGGAGCCACCGCUGCCUCUUUUGGGCUCGGGCAGCUCUCACAGCCAUUACAGCCAAAGGUCGGUCUCAUCAGAGUAUCAUCAGCACAAACACUCAGCCUUAUCAAAGAGCAAGCACAGCUCAUGCCGCAGCCUUGGUCCCAAGAAACCAAAGCCUAAGAAGAAGUCGUCCAAGAAGCAGUCACUGUCCUCUCAAUUAUCUGAGUUCACUGCUACAGAGCCCCCACUGUUCUUGGGCUCGGGCAGCUCCCAGAGUCACAGUCCACGAUCUGUCUCAUCCGCGAAGCUUCGACAGACAUCCGUAUCGCCCCUGGAAGCUUCGCAACGAUCCUUUACGGCACGCCGCUUGACGGAUCAACUCAAAGCAGCCUAUUGUUCCAGAUCAAGCGGUUCUAGCAGCCACCAUCAUGUUAGCCCCAUUCCAACCAUUCUCUGCUCGGAUCGGGCCUACUCCCUGGCGCUUCCAGAUCUGCCUUCGCUGCACUCCAGUGAAGGCAAGCCCACCAAGAAUAAGUCUUUGGGCGACGACCCAAAGUCCGCCAGAGACAAGUUGCGACAGUGUCGUCAAUGUCAUGGCAAUUCCCAAGUGCAACACUAUGAUACUAAAACGACGACGGACCGACGAGAACUGCUCACCAAGACAUCUUCCGCCCCGACGCUGGGAAAAGCGGCACCCAAUGCACGUGACACAACAGCAUCCAGCAGCAGCGCGAAGCGUUGUGGCAACGAUAUAGGUCUAAGUGUGCAAUCGGAUCACGAUCGUAAACCCAGCAGCCACAAGAAAAAGUAUCCCUCGUGGAUACCCCAAUCACUCAUGAACGACAUGUCUGAUUCUGAUGACAGCGACUGCAGCUUUUGUCUGCCUUCGAAUGAUCCUCCGGUUGAGAUACCGGAACCUCUGAUUGACGUCGAGGACAUUGACUUCUCCGACUCGGAAACGGGGUUGGAUAUGGCCGGUGAAGAUUGUUGUCACAACGAUGACAACAAUCUCAUCAUCGCCCAGAGUUUCGGUUGGGAGGAACCAACCAAAGCGAGCUCGCAAGACCAUGAAAGUGGACAGCAGUACAGUCAUCGAAGAAGCUUGUCGGCACCCGAACAGACGAUUGCCACGAGCAAGGAAGAUCUGCCAUGGGACGACAAAGCUGACUAUUAUAAGGAAACCAAUGAUUGGGAAGAACAUUCUCUUGGCCAUUCUCUGACGAUGUCGGCGGCGCCCAGAAAGAUGGAAGAAAAGGAACAUUGCCAUGGCGGACACGUUGAGAUACCUGAACCUCCGAUUGAAUUCGAAUUCUACAAUGUGGAAACCGGGUUGGAUAUGGCCGGAGAAGAUUGUUGUCCUGAGGAUGACAACAAUCUCAUCGCCCAGAGUUUCGGUUGGGAGGAACCAACCAAAGGGAGCUCGCAAGACCAUGAAAGCGGACAGCACUACAGUCACCGAAGAAGCGUGUCGGCACCCGAGCAGACAAUUGACACGAGAAACGAAAAUCUGCCAAGGGACCACGAAACUGACUACCACAAGGAACCCUAUGAUAGGGAUGCAGGUUCUCUUCGCCGUUCUCUGACGAUGCCAGCGCCCAAGGAAGAAAACGAACACCAUCAUGGUGGCCACCUUCACCAUCACCACCACAAAAGCCAUCACCGUCACCACAAAAAGGAAAAGAAGCAUUCCAAUAGGCAUCGGAAACACAAGCCUUGCCAGCAUCGAAAUCAUUCCUCACAUGACAAGAAGGAAAGAUCAAGCUGUCACGGGCAGAAAGAUGAUGGUUUGGAAGCAUUCAUUGCUGCUGUUGGUGAUCCCAAUGAGAUGGACUUUUGGGACAAAAUGGUAACACAUUGGGCGAGUCUAGGUUAGGUUUUAAGUUUUUAAUUAGCAGAACAGAUCCAAGCGAGAAUAGCUCGCCGCAAUGAAUAGAAUCUUUCAAAAAACUUCCAUCCACCGUCUGAGGCUGCAACGGUGGUACGAGGAUACCGGUACCGGUAUGAUCGAGGGUUUCUCCUGGCGUUGGAAUGGUCCGGGUGUUGUCUAUCUAAGAUACAUACUUUAGCCACGAGGGGAGACAACCUAAAUGAAUAAACAAAAUCACUUGAGCCUUGC